UUGAAGGAAGCAUCGAGCAGUCGGACGCCGAAGGAGCUUUCCUCUACAGUUCAAGCACGAGAGCUACGAUGACCGUCGGAGAAAUUGCUUGCACUUACGCUGCUUUGCUUCUCCAUGACGACAGGAUUGCCGUCACUGCGGAGAAGAUCGUUACCGUGGUGAAAGUUGUGAAUGUGGCGGUUGAAUCCUACUGGCCGAGCUUGUUUGCUAAGCUGGUGGAAAAGAGGAAUAUUGAAGAUCUCAUUACGAAUGUGGGUUUCGACGGUGGCGGUGCUCCCGUUGCUGCUGCUGCCCCAACUGGAGGCGCAGGCGGUGGUGCUGCCGUCACUGCCGCUCCUGCAGUUGAGGAGGGUCGGUUUCCUAUUUGCAAAAGAAGAGACAGGGAAACGUUUCAAGAAACAAGGUUUAUCAAACACCUUCAAUUCCGUUUUUGUUUCUAGAAACGGAAAUUU